AUGGUCGCCGACGCUCUUAUAUACCACCCUGCGGUGGCUCACUACAACAAGUUUGUCGCGACGACGAUGGGUCGCGACAAGGCUCUCCGUCUCGUGCAAUACCUCUCCCGUUUCCUCGCAUGGUACACCCUCCGCACCAACAGCCCGCAAACAACAGUGGUGCAAUGGGCGAAGCUGAAGGCCAACCUUGGCCUCGUCCGCAAAGCCAUGCGCAUCGGCAAAUUCGUCGAGCACUUCCGCGCCGCAGCAAAUGCCUACGAUGCAAAGACCCUGGACCCAGUCAUCCGCUUCUGCACAACCGGUCGCCAGUUAGGAUACGGGGCUUACAUGCUCACUGAUACUCUGACGUAUCUGGAUGCUUCGGGCGUGAGACCCAGUGCUAUGGCCAAGAGGAUGCAAGUGCAGGCAUACAAGGCUUGGAUGACGGGACUGUGCUUCAGUGUGUUGAAUGGUGUAUACACUAUCUACAAGAGCAAGAGCGAGGAGGCUGCGCAAACGGACAAGGCCGUCGCUGCCGAGAAGACAGUCGAGGUUAAGAAGUUGCAGCGUGAGAGAAGUGCUGCUCAGACACAGCUCGUCUCAGACUUGUGCGAUCUGUUCAUCCCUGUUUCCGCCCUCGGAUACAUCAACGUCGACGAUGGCGUUGUCGGUCUGGCUGGUGCCGUCAGUUCCUUGAUCGGUCUGAUGGCACAAUGGAACAAGACUGCUUAG